AGCAACGGUCAUCAUUAACGACAACGACGACGAAUCAACAACAAAAAAUUGAACAAGCAAUCGAUAUGAUGAUUAGUACAGCUGUCAUACGAUUAUCUGAUGAAUCGGAGGAACAACAACAAAACAAAACAAAAAACAACAAAAAUCACUAUGGCCAUGAGAAUAACCAACGAAAAUUGAAUAAAAAAGAUGCUUAUAUUCUAGAUGAUAAUGAUGAUGACAGCGGUAGCGAAGAUGCUAAUGGUGAUGGCGGUGAUGAUGAGAAACAAAAACUUUUACCAAUUAAAAUAAAUAAAAGAAAAAAACACGAAAAAUAGGUAACGUUAAUCAUCAAAAUUUUGUUAUUAACGAUAAUGAUGAUGAUGAUGAUGACAAUGAUGAUGACGAUGAUGGCUCCAAUAAAGCGUUAUUAUUGUCGCAACGACAACGCCACCACCACCAUUUCAAAGAACAACAACAACAAAAGCAACGACUAUUGCAGCAACAACAACGCCGACAACAACAGCAACGGCAACGACAACAAGAAAAACAAUUGAAAAGUAGUCAUCACUCCGACCACCUCUACCGACGAAAGCCGUCUUCCAACAACACCAACAUCAACAACACCGAAACUUCUCGCAUCGACCGAGCAAAUAAAUUUACAGCCGAAAACAUCUAUACAGACAUUGUCAAUGAAAACAUCAUGGGUAUCACACCGCAUUUACAACAAACACCGUCCGCAACUAAUAAUGUUGGUGAUGGUGAUAGUGUUGAUGAACGAUCAACAACAGCCGCUACCGGUAAUGAUGAAUAUUGUUCCAAAGUUAAUUGGUACAUUUAUUUGGUAACAAUUUUAUCGGCAAUCGGUGGUUUCCUGUUUGGAUAUGAUACCGGAAUAGUUUCAGGUGCUAUGGUUUUUAUUCGGGAUUAUUUCAAUCUAAGUACAACCAUGCAAGAGGUAGUGAUUUCGGUAACAAUAUUGACAGCAUGGAUAUUCUCAUUUAUUGCCGGUUAUUUAACGAAUAAAUUUGGACGAAAAUUGACGAUAAUAUUGGCAUCUUUCAUAUUCACUAUCGGUGGUUUUAUGAUGGCAUUUGCACAUACUGAAUAUAUUUUACUUGUUGGUCGUGCUAUUAUUGGCCUAGCCAUUGGUUUAGCAUCGAUGGCCAUACCGGUUUAUAUUGCUGAAGUUGCGCCCGUAGAUAUUCGUGGUAAAUUAGUAUCGGUAAAUGUUUGUUUCAUUACAUUUGGACAAUUUAUUGCAUCAAUUGUGGCUGGUUUAUUUAGCUAUGAUCAACAUAAUGGUUGGCGUUGGAUGUUGGGUCUUGCAUCUGUACCAUCGACAUUACAAAUGAUAUUUUUCGUCUUUCUACCAGAAUCACCACGUUGGCUUGUACAAAAAGGCCGAUAUGAAGAUGCAUUGAAUGCAUUACGUAAAUUUCGUAAUGCCAAUACAAGUGACGAGAAAAUUAUUAUCGAAUUCACUAAUAUCAAAGAAAGUUGUUUGAACAGUGAACGUGAACGAAAAAAUGAUAAAUCAUACAGGCAAAUACUAUCGAAUCCGAUUAUAAUGAAAGCAUUGUUUGUCGGUUCAAUGUUAUCGAUAUUUCAACAGGUGGCCGGUAUCAAUACGGUCAUGUAUUAUAGCGCCACUAUAAUACAAAUGUCCGGCAUUAAUGAUAAAUCAACAGCUGUUUGGCUUUCAGCAUUAACGGCAUCGAUUAAUUUUAUAUUUUCAUUUGUUGGACUCGUAUUGGUUGAACGAAUCGGUCGUCGACUUUUAAUAUUGAGCAGUCUUUGUGGUGUUGUAUUCUCAUUAUUUAUAUUAUCCAUUGGUUUUCAAUUGGCUAAAUUUCAUUCACCACGUGUAACAUUCCAUUCGGAUGAUCAGAUUGCUGAUUAUUGUUCAAGUGUGAUGAAUUGUGAUGCAUGUGUUUCAUCAAAGAUUUGUGGUUUCUGUUUCUAUCAACCGGAUGGACAUUCCGAUUUGUUGGGCUCAUUAUCCAUGUCAAACGUUAAUGGAACUUGUAUACCAAUGAAUCAAACAUCGAAUUUACCAUUUAGCAAUAGUUCAUAUUGUACCGAUAAUUCUAGUAUACCGAUGCAAUGGGCAAUUGAUUGGUGUCCAUCAGAGUAUUCAUGGAUGACAUUAGCCGGUUUAAUGCUUUAUCUAUUCUUCUUUGCACCUGGUAUGGGCCCAAUGCCAUGGACAAUCAAUUCGGAAAUCUAUCCUCUUUGGGCUAGAAGUUUUUGUUAUUCAGUAUCAACAUCAUUCAAUUGGUUCUUCAACCUACUGAUAUCGCUCACAUUUUUAACAUUGACAAAUCUGUUAACAAUCUAUGGUGCCUUCUAUCUAUAUGCUGGUUUAUCAUUAUUUGGUUUGGUUAUGUUCUUUUUUAUAUUACCCGAAACCAAAGGCAAAAAACUUGAAGAAAUCGAAUGCCUAUUCCAAGAACCAUUAUUUAGGAUAGGAUUGAAUGCAAAAAAACUUUCACAAUAUGAUCAAGUGGAUGGAUCAGUCAAUGCAAGUCGAUCUACGGUUGUGACAAAUGCUUCAAAUGAAUCAAAUGCUGUGGCUAAUGGUGGUGGUGGUGGGGGUGGGGGUACAGUGAAAAUUUAACCUCAUAUUUAAGUUUGUUUUUUUUGAAAGUAUUUUUUUAUUUUGAUUCCAUUUGAAUGUAACACGUAUCCCUGGACCAUAAUCAUUGAAAAAUUGUGUGUGUUUUUCAAGCACAAUUUUUCUCCACCACUUGUUGUCGUUGCUGUUGGCAGCAAAAUCCAAUGACCAAAAAAGAUGAUUUUUUGAUUUGAUUAUAUUGAACUGUGAUCGAAAAAUUGGAUACACCAAAACGUCCCCACACCCAUCUUUAUCAUCUCAAUCUCUUUGCGAAACAUAUACACAGAUAGAAUUGAUUUAUUAUGAUUUUUUUUUCAUUGUUCUCAUCAUUUUGUCUAUUUUUUUGGUUCUUAAAUUAUUAUUAUU